AUGAAGAUCUCUGGAGCCUGUGUACUGUGGUGUCUGUUAGCACUCUCCUCAUCCCCAGCUGACUGGUUUCCAUGGGUGGUCAACGGGCAAGAACUGGAAAGUGGAACUGGUCAAGUUAGCACCGACUCUUUCAUCAGCACCUCUGCUGCAGCUGUCACGCCACCUGUGCUUCUUAGUCCUGUUCAGUCUGACAGCGAAACUACGACGGCUUCAUCAGAUUGUCGUGAAGAAAAGUUCCCUUGCACACGCCUGUACUCUGUUCACAAACCAGUAAAGCAGUGUAUCAGCUACCUCUGUGUUACAAGUGUGCGUCGCAUGUACGUAAUAAACAAGGAGGUGUGCUCUCGCAUUGUCUGCAAGGAGAAUGAGGUCAUGCAAGAUGAAAUCUGUCGCCAGCUGGCUGGCCUUCCUUCUCGACGUCUCCGCCGAUCUGGGCAACCCUUGCAUCUCCCUUGCAGACAGCUCCUGGAGCAGCAGCGCAGAGGGCCUGAUGCUCUGUGAGCUACCAACAGGAGGAGAGACAAAGGAAGGGAGCGAAGAGAAAUCAUCAUCCACUACCUACAACCCAAGACAAGUCCUUCUUGUUUGUGAUUUCCCCACCAUUUCCUUGCCUCUCUGCCUUCCUCCACAUCCUAUUCUUCAGGUGCCGCAGUACACAGAGUCCCCUGUCUGCUAGUCUGUCACGGUGGCUGUUGUCAUCU